UUCAGUGUGACCAGCGGGGGACACCGGUCAGCAAAACGAACACACCAAACAAGUGUGUUGAGCAAAGACUGGAGUCUGUCGGACAAACAGCCUGAGAAGACACAGCCCGGACUCCGCGCGUGUUUUAGAAAGCGGCGUUUAUCACUUUUGACGAGCGCAGAGGUCUGAGCAGAGCGGAAGACGGCGAGCCAGCUCGGGUCCAGCCGAUCACAGCCGAAGGAAGCCGAAGCAAAUCCGAAGCAUGCCGGUGAGACGGGGCCAUGUCGCGCCCCAGAACACCUUCCUGGACACCAUCAUCCGCAAGUUCGAGGGACAAAAUCGCAAGUUCAUCAUCGCCAAUGCUCGCGUGGAGAAUUGCGCCAUCAUCUUCUGUAAUGACGCCUUCUGUGGGAUGUGUGGGUAUACCCGGGCCGAGGUGAUGCAGAAACCCUGCACCUGCAGCUUCCUGUACGGCCCUCACACCAAGAGGCCCGCCGUGGCCCAGAUGGCCAAAGCCCUGCUGGGGGCCGAGGAGAGGAAGGUGGAGAUCUCCCUCUACACUAAAGAUGGAGUGUGUUUCCACUGUAUCGUCGAUGUGGUUCCAGUGAAAAAUGAAGAGGGCUUGGUCAUCAUGUUCAUUCUCAACUUUGAACUUCCUACUGACCCCAGGCCAGCCAGCUCCCCAGCCAGAGAGCUCAACCACGUGCUGCACAUCCCCUGGCUGAGCCUCGCUCAUCGGCGGCGACUGCAACUCCUGCUGCGCUCCCUCAGCCCUGGAGGAAGCACCAUGUCCGAGGACUCAGAGCUCGGGACGCCCCACGCCAAACUGCCUCCUCUGGGACAUGAAUCUGUGGCCCUAGAGAAACUCCUGUCCCUCCCCGAGAGACAGCGGCUGGAGGCGACAGGAAGUGGACUGCUGCUGUGGGACCAGGACGAGGAGGAGGAGGAGGAGGAGCAGGGAGGAACUGCAGGAGGAGAAGGAGGAAGAGAAGAGAGGGAGGGCUUGGUGGAGACCAGGAGGAGGAGCGAUGCAGACCGAAAGAGAAGGGGAGGCAGUGAUAAAGCAGGGCUGCUGGUGGAUACAAGAGGAGGAGGAGGAGGAGGAAGAGGACGGAAGGACCUCCAUGCAGGUCUCCCCCCAGCCCCGUCUUCUGCCCCCCCAACACUGGCCCUGCCCCUCGCCUUCUCCCAUGGUUCACCUAGGGGAGGGCGACGAAGAGGAGGAGAUGGGGAUGACUGUCCUUUCCAUGGUAACGCUCCUGCAGGCAGGUUGUAUGGAAGCUCUGGGAGUUUAACGCUCGCCUCCUCGGUGGACGAUGUGAAGGCCGGCCAGAGUUACUGGGAGAAGAGGCUGCAACUGCGGCACAGCUGCACACCUGCUGUCACCAGCAGGAAGACCAGCAUGCCAGUUGGAACGUCAGACACUGACCUGUUCCGCAGCCGGACACUGAGCCAGGUGCAGCAGUUGUUGGAGCCAAAGGCGGAUUCCUUUGUGACGUUGCCUCCUGGUGACAUCCGCCCUCCCUGCAAACUGAUUGACAGAACUCACCACGUGACUGAGAGAGUCACUCAGGUCCUGUCCCUGGGAGCUGAUGUGUUACCAGAGUACAAGCUGCAGUCUCCCAGGAUCCAGAAGUGGACCAUCCUCCACUACAGUCCAUUUAAAGCAGUGUGGGACUGGGUCAUUCUUCUAUUAGUCAUUUAUACAGCUAUAUUCACUCCUUAUUCUGCUACAUUUCUGCUGAGUGACCAGGAGGAAGCAGCCAUGCAGACCUGUGGUUACUCCUGUUCUCCCUUAAAUGUUGUGGAUCUCAUAGUUGACAUCAUGUUCAUCGUUGACAUUAUCAUCAACUUCAGGACCACCUAUGUCAACUCCAACGAUGAGGUUGUCAGCCAGUCUGCUCGUAUCGCUGUCCACUACUUCAAAGGCUGGUUCCUUAUCGACAUGGUGGCAGCAAUCCCCUUUGACCUCCUCAUCUAUCGCUCAGGAGAGGAGGUGGUCAGGGGAGGUGGGGAGGGAGAGACCACCACACUGAUUGGCUUAUUGAAGACAGCUCGGUUGCUGCGACUGGUCCGUGUAGCCAGGAAAUUGGACCGCUACUCAGAGUACGGAGCUGCUGUCCUCUUCCUCCUUAUGUGCACCUUCGCCCUCAUUGCUCACUGGCUGGCCUGCAUCUGGUAUGCCAUAGGUAACGUGGAGCGGUCUACCUCCGCUGGGAUUGGCUGGCUGGACUCUCUGGGUGACCAAUUGGGGAAGCCAUACAAUGAUUCAAUUGGUGGGUCAGGUCCAUCCAUUCGGGAUAAAUAUGUCACAGCACUAUACUUCACCUUCAGCAGCCUGACCAGUGUGGGAUUCGGUAAUGUCUCCCCAAACACCAACUCUGAGAAGAUCUUCUCCAUCUGCGUCAUGCUCAUUGGAUCCCUGAUGUACGCCAGUAUAUUUGGCAAUGUAUCAGCCAUUAUCCAGCGGCUGUACUCGGGCACGGCUCGCUACCACACACAGAUGCUGAGAGUGCGAGAGUUCAUACGCUUCCACCAGAUCCCCAACCCCCUGAGGCAGCGGCUGGAGGAGUACUUCCAGCAUGCGUGGUCAUAUACAAAUGGAAUAGACAUGAAUGCUGUUUUGAAAGGAUUUCCAGAGUGUCUCCAGGCUGAUAUCUGUCUCCACCUCAACCGCACGUUGCUGCAGAACUGUAAGGCCUUCAAAGGUUCCACUAAGGGCUGUCUGAGGGCCCUGGCCAUGAGAUUUAAGACCACCCAUGCUCCACCUGGUGACACGCUGGUCCACGCUGGAGACCUGAUAUCUGCUCUGUACUUCAUAUCCAGAGGAUCCAUAGAGAUCCUCAGAGGCGAUGUGGUGGUCGCUAUACUGGGCAAGAACGAUAUCUUUGGUGAGCCCAUCAACGUGUACGCGCGGCCAGGCAAAUCCUGUGCUGAUGUCAGAGCUCUGACCUACUGUGACCUCCAUAAGAUAGUCCGAGAAGACAUGUUGGAGGUUUUGGACAUGUACCCAGAGUUCUGCGACUAUUUCUGGUCCAACCUCGAGAUCACCUUCAAUCUCAGAGAUACCAGUAAUACUGUAGAUUCAGUGAACAUUGAUGACUCAGACCAUGACGACUUAAGCCGGCGACUCCAAAAACGCGAACUCUCUUUGACCUGCAGAGCGGACAGAGGUGGCUCCAUCCCUGACGGGAGCAUUCAGUCCAAAACAGCUGUCCAACAACCCAGGAGUGGACAGAGUGACUGGGAUCAGUGUGAUGGGCUAGCAGAAGAUGAUCAUAGACAUAACCUACAAGGCUCUGUCUUCUCCAGUGGAGAUGAAGGAGAGGAGGAGUCAGAGCUGACCAGCCCUGCCCAGACAUCACUUCAUGGCCAAAACACCACUAUCUUAAUGGAGACUCACAGGAAAGAGAAGACAUGCAACUCACUGACAGAUGCUUUCUCAGGGGUUUCAAGCAUCUUUAAUUUCUGGGGCUCUGAGAGUCGAAAGGAGCAGCAGUACCAGGAGGUGCCCUGCUCCCACAGCCUGCAUUCACCUCCUGCUCACCCUCCUCCCAAGCAACUCCACAACCCCCCCUCCUCUCUCCCCUCCUCCCCUCCUCCUCCUGCUGUUUCUCAGAGGCAGAAGGGAGAGUUAGAGAACAGGCUGGAGCUGCUACAGAGACAGAUAAUGAGGUUAGAGUCCCGCAUGUCGACAGACAUUGGGGCUGUCAUGCAGCUGCUGCAGAGGCAGAUGACGAUGAUCCCACCAUCCUACAGUACCCUGGCAUCAACACCUAAUGCACCGUCCUCCCCAAUCCCUUCUCCUAGUGCCACCUCCCCACCACUAUCCCCAACCCCUGCCUCCCCCACUGACACAUCACAAGCCCCCAGCCACUGUCAGCAACUGUCCACUGAAUACCAAGAUCUUGUCAAUCCUCAGUCUGCCUCCCUUGCAUGCAAUUCCCCCAUCCAACAACGUUCCCUCGCCUUUUCUACGCAAUAUCAGUCACCUCCGACUGAUCUGUCACCAUCUACCCAGACAGCCCACACACAACCCCAGUCACAAAUAAUCUCCAACCAGACCCUAAACUCUCCCCUCCAGAUCAUCUCCGCUUUUUCAGACCCACAGCACACUUCCACUGUCUCUAGUGAAGAUUUCUCCAAGAUUUCUCCUUCCAUUAUCAAAACACUUACACCCCUCACCCAGAGUGUACCCGCCACGCAAAAUAUCUUCCCUGUAUCAUCUACCCAGCUUUCCUCUCUAGUGUCACCCCAAACAAUCUCUGCCUCUCCUCCUCGAUCUCAAACAUCCACCCAGCCUUUCACUCCUGUCCUUUUUCAAACUGAGUGUGGUGUGUCUGCCUUUUCCUCUUGUUCAUCGUCUCUGCCCUCGCAGCUCACCACCCUGACCCCUCAGCCCCCAGAGAGGCUGCUACAACCAGUUCCCCCUCCCACGACCCAGAGCUUGGCAGCAGUCUCACAGGUCCUGGUCAGCUCAGACUUUGAGGACCAGCCAUCUAAAUCUCUCCAGUCACUUAAGAGUGGAAUUGAGCUAAACCUCCUUCAACCAAUCACUCCACAGGACAGUUCCUCACAGCCCUGCUCAUCUGGCACCAUCAGCCAAUCAGAGACUCACCUCGAGAAUCCUACCGACCAACAAGAAAACGGCUCAUUCAGUUUGACCUCUCACAAGAGCUCCUCAAGGUCAGAGUUGGGUUUAGAGACAGUAUCGAGCCAAUCAGAGCCACUGGAAGGUCAGCGGCGCCUCUCUUUGCCAGUGGACCCAGCAUCAUCAUUGGAUAGCAGCUGGAUGGGUCAGCGCUACAGCUCAGACUCAGGAAGUUAAGGGUGCUGGGAUUGCUUUUGCAUGCUGCCACUGUGCAAUGAGUCUGAAUUAGUUGGUGGAUUACACUCACACAGCAAGAUGAACUGGACUGGAUUUACUUUAAGCAUCUCUAGACAGGAUAAGAUUUCAAUCACAAUAAAACAGAAGCACAGGUUGAGAGAUCAAACUCUUGAGAACACUGAACCUUACUUAUAAUUAGUUUAUUGUUUGUGAAAAAUCACUUAUUGCCUCUAACAUUAUUAUGAAAUGAGGUAGUUAAGACUGCAUGGUCUCUGAUGUUAGAUCAACUCUUACCAUGAAUGGAGCCAUAGCUAGUGUCUGGCCACUGCAUGUUUCAGCAGCAGCCCUGAUAAAUAGCAAUUGAAUUUCUGCUAGCUGAUAUUAAAGGGCCAUACAAGAGAUGUUGAAUGGUUGGCUCAUUCAGUACAAUUUAGCCACAUUUUACAUUGCAACAAAACAUUUUGCAAAUUAUGUGGGGGGUGAUAAAGAUUUCACACCAAUUAAUCAAAAUCUUUUUGAAAACCAUUUUGAAAUUAGAAACAUUUCCCUGGGGACUAUUUUCUGACAGACUGUCAGAAACUGACUGUCAUCUGACAUCUUGGGAACCCAACACAGCGUCAGAGGCCCAGCACCACCAUCCCACAAAUACCCCAGGGAAGAGACUGCAGCGCAAACCUAGGAUGCCUAAGAUGUGUCCAAGAUGCAAAGAACACAUGCCCAACAUCCAGCAGUUUGUUAACUUAUAUUACCAACUGACAACAGUCGUGCAUAAAUAUCAAUUCCAUGUCAUUUCAACACAAAAAUAAGUUCCAUGUUGUUUCAUCUUAAAUUUAGCAUAUUUUACAGGGCAGCCUGGAUGUAAAACAAAAACAAUCCAUCGGUAUCCUGCUUUUAGGAAAACUAAUGUGGAGGACUUGGUGUGAAGAAAGUCUGAAGUCUCUGAAAGUUCAUUUUCAUAUAGUAAUGGAACGAAUGGAAACCAAUGACUGGAUAAAAGGCAGGAGAAAUGAUAUGACACUUGUAAAAUACUACUGCUUGCUUUGGGAAAAGAUUAGCAGAAAGUCAAACUAUACAUAUUUUGUAGAUAUUACACUAAACAUGUUAAAUCACUGGUACAGUACAGUCCUUGAAGACUGCUGGGCAUCCCUCUAUGGUGUAUUUGCAGGAUACUGUUGCAUAUCUGCAGAGAAUAUAUCUUGAUGAUAUCUUAGUAAGAGAUGAAAUCUGUUACCCAUUGUAACAACUGACUGAAGUCUCCAUCAUGGUUCUGUGAAGGGGUUUAUACUGCAAAUAUGGAGGAUUUUGAGGCAGGCACAAAAAUACAGCUUUGCUAUCUUUACUUCUCUAUGGCAAUAGAGACACUACUCUGAAAAAUGAGAACACUAUCACUUUUUACACUUGGGCAUUUUAAAACAGUGAAUAUACUAACAACUGUAGAAGCACUUUAUUGCUCAAGCACUUGUUUGGGGACGCACUGGUUUAAUGGGAGAAGACUACAUGCUCACCUAACUAUGCUUGGUAGUGUAAUGACCACCACGCAACAAAAACUGUGAGCAAAGUGACGUCUGACACUGAAGAACGGUGUUAAACAAACCGGUAAGCUCUCUUCUGUAGUACUAACUGGUAAAUGUUCUUCAUUCCCUUUGAGCCCUGCAAGCCACUUCAUUCAGUACAGCACAUGUCGAAGGGAAAUGUGCUUGUACUGCUCUCAUGUACAUGUUCCUUCAUUUCUGUGCACUGUAUCUCUCUUCAGACUCACAAGCACCCUGACAAAAGUCUUCUCUAUUUUUUGUAUGUAUAUUAUAUUUUUGUCACUGAGACUGUUAUGCAAGAGUAGGUUUUAGAUUUGGGUUUUUGCAGCUUGUCGGUCUCCUACAAAAUCCUUACCGGUUUCCUUCUCAUGUGUAAAGUGUUUGAUGUUAAAUAUGUCACUGUGGCAGGGCACGACUCCCUGUGGUUCAAAAUGAUUUAAUGGCACAUAAAGUGUGAGUGUUUUCAGAGAGUACAGGUCUGUAGAAAUACUGAAAAUAAGCCUUGCACUGUACUUGCACUAGGGUUAUAUACAUAACGUUUCCUCCAUGAGCAAAGGGUUAGAACUAAAGCUACCUAUAGACUUUAAUCUCAGUGGCAUCUCACACAAAGACACUGAGAAGUUCCUGUUACACAGUGGAUACUCCACUCACAAUGAUAACAGGCGUUCACACACAGGAAUAGUGCAGGACAUACUGCGCACAGCAGAAUAUACGUAUUGUACAUGUUUAAAGAGGCUUUGCAGCUGUGUGAUGAAUGUGAUGGAAGUCCAGUUAUUAACAGCUAAAAACCUACAAGCCAUGCUAGAAAAAGCUUGGAUGCCUGAAAAAAAAAAUUGUGGCGUGGCAGUAGGUCCAUUUAGUCAUUCACUCAGCUCAGUGAACCUGAGCAAACAGCAGUGCUUUUGGCUUUGUUAAGCUAGCUAUCUCACCAACAGGCGAGUUUAAAUGGAUACUUCACCCAUAAUGCAUAUUUUUUGUAUCAAGUAUUCACCGUCUGCUGCCUUCACUCC